UUCUUUGACGGAGGUAACGACCAACAUGCCCCAUAUAUAUACGCCCAGAAGACAAUUCACUGCUCCGAGUCCCCUCCACUCUUGUGUCCUAACCUCAAACGGGAAUUUCUUGUCAGGUCCAGCCUAGACUCAUAACACAGAAAAAUGGCACCCAAAAAGGACGUUAAGGCUCCCGCAGCCGCCGCCAAGAAGGCCGAGCCCGCCAAGAAGGCCGAGCCCGCACCCGAGCCUGUGGCCGUACCUGCACCAAAGACCGUGGACCUGUCCGCCGUCAAGGUGGAGUUCACCCCAGACCAGAUGGAGGAUUACAGGGAGGCCUUCGGUCUGUUCGACAGGGUGGGUGACAACAAGGUAUGCUACAACCAGAUCGCCGACAUCAUGCGCGCCCUGGGACAGAACCCCACCAACAAGGAGGUGAAAGCCAUCCUGGGAAACCCCUCCGACGAAGACAUGAACUCCAAGAGAGUAGACUUCGAGGGCUUCCUGCCCAUGAUGCAGACCAUCGUCAACAGCCCCAACAAGGGAACACUGGACGACUACGUUGAGGGUCUGCGUGUAUUUGACAAGGAGGGCAACGGCACAGUGAUGGGCGCUGAGCUUCGUAUUGUGCUGUCAACACUUGGCGAGAAGAUGACUGAGGCCGAGAUUGACGCUCUUAUGCAAGGACAGGAGGACGAGAACGGCUGCAUCAACUACGAGUCCUUCGUCAAACACAUCAUGUCUAUUUAAGGACCCCGUCCACGGAGCAUGGUUUCAUGUUGCAGACCCCAUGGUGUCGAGGCAUCUACUCGCUGUUGCCCACCCCUGCCCCGGGGGAACUAGGGAAGGGGGGGAGGGAACAAAGGACUUUGAGAUGUCACCCGUUUUAUUUUGUUUUGUUUGGAUAGACUUUUUUGUCUUCUUUAUCUUCCUACUCUCUCUUGUCCGAUCGGUGCUCUCCAUGCAUUUCAUCUCAUCUCACCUCAUCUGCUCUUCCUCAUUCCCCUCUUCUUCCUUGCUUCUAUGGAAGGCGUUAUGCUAGUACACGAGACCUGGCCCACGUGUGUUUGGGGAGGGGAGGGGAGGGGCAGUGGGGCUCAACGAUGACCAUGAGUCGCUGGCUUGGCCCAGGACUUGCCGUUCAAAUCAACAUAAAACGUCCUAACCCGCCCCCUUAAGUUAUAGUUUACUCCCCUCUGCUGUUUCGCAAAUAAACUUUUCACAAACUCCA